AUGCAGAUACUUAAUCCUUCCAUCGUUGAAACAGCAAACAAAGCUGAAGCACAUUGUCUGUAUUCGUUAGAUAAGCCUUCUAAGUCAGUCGUGUCACUUUCUAGUCAUAAGCGGAAUAAACACAGAUUUGCACUUGGGACGUUUGAAAACUCGGAAUCAAACAGCGUGUGUUUGGUCGAUUUUGACCAGGAAUCCUCGUCAUUCCACAAAUCUACCCUUUCAACAAACGUUCCACCAGUCGAACAACUAGUUGACUUUUAUUCUAAUGAAAAUAUAACACAAUUACUGGUUUCAUUCAAAUAUAAAUCUGAAAACGGCUCCUUUCUGACCAUUUUGAAGGUAGAUAAUGAUUCACUAAAUAACCCUAACGAUUAUACCACUGGAAAUAAAAUAAAUCAAAAAUUUGUGAAUAUUAAAAGAUUGUCUCUGGAUCCUCAUUCAACUUGUGAUUCAAGCAGGUUUUCAGUUGUUACAAGAGAACGCCUGUAUGUGAUGAGCAAUUUUGAGGAGGAACUGACUCUUGAUUACGCGAAGGAUCAAUCUGAUAAGUACUCAAAUUCAUUCACCACCGGGAAAUUUGACCCUCAUAACAAAGACGUUUUUGCUUUGAGCACGGAUAGUGUGUUUGAACUCAUAGAUCUUAGACAGGACAGUAAGUCUAGAUUGAAUGUUAAGUCCGCACCCUGGCAUAAGGGGACCAUACUUGACCUGAGUUUUAACCCAAAUAUGCCAAACGAACUCGUGAGUACGGGCGAGGAUACUCUGAUUCUGUUUUGGGACCUAAGAAAUACUUCAAAGCCUUCCGACACAGUAAAUUUUGGACACGGACACUGGAUUAAGCGACUUGAAUACAAUCAUUAUAACGAUCAGCUGCUGUUGAGCUGCGGAGCUGGAGGCUCGUUCCUGCACGUGAAGGAGAAUAGGUUUGAGACACUCACACCCAAAAACAUUUCUUGUAGCGAUAUUUGCUGGAGCCAGGACGACCCAUGGUUAUACUGCUCGUUGCUUUCCUGUGGUCUGAGAGUUGAAAUGGUACCAGGGUCGUUGAAGUCGAUGCUGACCUGA